GUAAAAUCGAAUCGGUCUUCUUCUUGUUUCUCUUUGUUUCUAAAAAGAAGGGGAGAGGAGAAAAGCGAGAUAGAUACAAAAGAGAAAAAUGUUUCUUCGAAGAUUGGUCACAGGAGCAGGUCCAUUAUUUGCAAGAGUGAAAGAAACAACAGGGAUAGUAGGUCUAGAUGUAGUACCAAAUGCAAGAGAAGUAUUGAUUUCACUCUACAAAAAAACCCUAAAUGAAAUCAAAGCUGUACCCGAAGAUGAGGGUUACAGAAAAGCCGUUGAAUCAUUCACUACAAACAGAUUGAGAGUAUGUGAAGAAGAAGAAGAUUGGGAACAGAUCGAGAAGAAACUUGCUUGUGGUCAAGUUGAGGAACUCAUUGAAGAAGCUCAGGAUGAACUCACCCUCAUUUCUAAGAUGAUUGAGUGGGAUCCUUGGGGUGUUCCAGAUGACUACGAAUGUGAGGUUAUUGAGAAUGAUGCUCCAGUUCCAAAGCACGUCCCUCUGCAUCGUCCAGGUCCUCUGCCAGAGGAGUUUUUCAAGACACUGGAGGCGAUUACUUCUGCCCCAAAGAAAGAUGAGCCAGCUAUUGCCGAGUCCACCGCUUCAAAGGAGUAACCUGCUCUCACUUCUACAAACUCGACUCUGUUUUAUCUAGGAAAACAAUAACUGUAUUUGUUGUUUGAGCUUUCUGAACUUCAACAAAAGCUCAGCUUCUGUAUUGGUGAACCUGAGCGAACUUUUGGUCGGGAAGGGAUUAAUGCAUUAAAGUCUUUUCGUUUAAUUCAACUUUAAGCAUUUCUGUGUAAGCAAGCUAGAAAAAAUAUAGUCACAAACCAUCAUGUUUCUAUUUCUCUAUAGUCUUCAAAUAAAUUUGGUUUCCCUUGGCGAGUA